AUGGCAAGUUACUCUACGCCACAGGGACCUGUAGCGCCGGCCGCUCCUCACUUGGAAGCGCAGGCGAUGCGAAUCCCCAAAAGCGUUUCUGAUCAGGCUAUGCAGGAGGAUCGCUACUAUGGCCAUCGCCAAGUCUCAGAAGCCAUUGAACGUAUGAUCAUGGCACUCUUCUCUUGUUCACAUGAUUCAAUGGCAGCGACAAUGGAUGUGCAAAAAACAUCCAAGGGCACGGCCCCACGCCUAUCACAUUUUGUGGCGUAUGCGUUGUAUCGAACACGUCUCCCCAUGGCGGUGGUGUAUUUUGCUCUUCUGUUGCUGAAGCGACUCAAAACGCAGUACCCAGUGGCCCGCGGGUCAUCAGGCCACCGCCUUUUUAUUUCAGCUUUUAUGCUCGCCAGCAAAAUGCUCUGUGAUGAUGCGUACAACAACAAGAGCUGGGUCAUUGUGAGCCAGAAUCUGUUUUCGCUGCAUGAAGUCAACCAGAUGGAACGCGAAUUAUUCAUGUACCUGGACCUUGACUUGCGUGCGUCGCCAGAAGAGCUUGCUUCAUUUGCAUCAGAAUUGGAGAUGUAUGGCACGCCCCACGUGACGCUCGAAGACCUCAAGCGCACUCGACUGUCGUCGUCGACGUUGACAUCAUCACCAACGAUCUCAAGCUCUGUGUCACAGUCGCCAGGCAGCAAGUCGGUUGGUACACCUACAUCUGCACCACGUCGAAAGGUGCAUCGUCGCUGUCUCAGUUUGCGGCCCGACUACUGGACGCACACCAACUCAAAUUUCAUGCCUACAGCGCGUCACUAUCGCUCAGAAAGUAACGAAUGGAGCGCGAGUGGCAUGCAGCGUCUUUCGCGCUCAUGCGCACGCGCUUCGCUGCCAUCCCAGCGCUCAGUACCGUCGAUUCCCACAGUGACUGCACCAGGAAUACACCAUACAUCGUCGUCCUCGUCGACGUAUGCACCAAGACUUGAUUCGAGUUUUUCUCCAUCUAUGCCUUGGUCGACAUUCUACUCAACUGCAAAUGCGUCAACCAUGUCCAUUACAACGCCGAAUUCGAUGGGAUCAAGUUUGCGUCCCACGCCGUCAACAUCACUCUCUGAAUUAUCACUCAACAGCCCCAAUGCCAGUAUGUACAGCACGAUGCCAGCGUCUAUGUAUGGUCACCAUGGCUGGGACCAUGCCAAACACGUGCCUGCAUAUGAAGUCAAUGAGUCGUUUCGCAUGCAGCCGCUCGCUCAAAUGAUGCAGCAACGCGACGCCAUCUAG